AUGACCUCGAAAGCUUCAAACUCUGUCUUGACUCUCCUAGACCCUUAUAUAAACCAGUCUACGCUUCGUUCUCUCUUCAUCCUCUCAAUCAUUUUCAUUCACAGAUCUUUCGAACGCAAAGUCGAUCUCGCUCAAAUGGCUUCCACCGGAGAGAAAGGCCUCAUCGUCAGCUUCGGCGAGAUGCUCAUCGACUUCGUCCCCACCGCAUCAGGCGUUUCCCUCGCCGAAUCCCCCGGUUUCGUCAAAGCUCCCGGCGGCGCUCCCGCCAACGUCGCCAUCGCUGUCUCGCGUCUCGGAGGUCGCGCCGCCUUCGUCGGGAAGCUCGGUGACGAUGAGUUCGGUCACAUGCUCGCCGGAAUCUUGAGGGAGAACGGCGUCGAAGACAAGGGGAUCAACUUCGACAAGGGAGCAAGAACCGCGCUCGCUUUCGUCACGCUCCGUGCCGACGGUGACCGAGAGUUUAUGUUUUACCGGAAUCCCAGCGCCGAUAUGCUUCUCCGGCCAGACGAACUCAACCUCGAACUAAUCAGAUCCGCGAAAGUGUUCCACUACGGAUCAAUAAGUUUGAUAACGGAGCCAUGUAGGUCGGCUCACUUGAAGGCGAUGGAAGUGGCGAAAGAAGCCGGAGCUCUUCUUUCCUACGACCCAAACCUCAGGGAGCCACUCUGGCCAUCGACUGAAGAAGCCAAGACACAGAUCAUGAGCAUCUGGGACAAGGCUGAGAUCAUCAAGGUCAGCGACGUCGAGCUUGAGUUCCUCACCGGAAACAAGACCAUCGAUGAUGAGUCAGCCAUGUCUCUGUGGCAUCCUAAUUUGAAGCUCUUGCUUGUUACCCUCGGUGAAAAGGGUUGUCGUUAUUACACCAAGAAUUUCCAUGGAUCUGUUGAUGCAUUCGAUGUGAAUGCGGUGGAUACUACCGGAGCUGGAGAUUCCUUCAUCGGCGCGUUCCUGAGCCAGAUUGUUGAUGAUCACUCUGUGCUAGAGGAAGAGGAGAGGUUAAGGAAAGCGCUGAGAUUCGCAAACGCUGUUGGAGCGAUCACGACGACCAAAAGGGGAGCCAUUCCAGCUCUCCCCACAGACUGUGAAGCUCACUGCUUUCUUAAAGACAAGUAG